AUUGAGCUUUGAACUUUGCAGCUUGGAGGAGACGGAGCAUUGGUUUUAAUUGAAAGAUAACUUGCCAGCAGUCAUGACCAGACCGAGCUUCGUGUUGCUGGGCCUUCUUCCUGUAUUAUCGUUGGCACUCGCUACGAGAGAGUUUUACAUCGAUUAUGAGAACAGCCAAUUCGUCAAAGACGGCGCUCCGUUCAAGUAUGUGUCUGGGUCAUUCCACUAUUUCCGCACACCGUCUGUUUACUGGAGAGACAGGCUUCGUAAAAUGAAGCAAGGCGGCCUGAACGCAGUUUCAACAUAUGUGGAGUGGCGAUCUCACGAGAAAGUUUCGGGCCAGUAUGAUUUUUCAGUUGACUUGGAUCUGGAAAACUUUAUAAAAAUAGCCCAGGAAGAAGGGCUUCUGGUGAUUUUGCGACCAGGACCUUACAUUUGCGCAGAAAGAGAAUUGGGUGGCUUACCUUCGUGGCUGUUGAACGUGAAUCCGGAAAUGCAACUAAGGACACGUGAUCCAGAAUACAUGGGCUAUGUGCGUAGGUGGUUUCAAGUUUUGUUUACUAGACUUGAGCCAUAUUUGUAUGGCAAAGGAGGUCCAAUCAUCAUGGUACAGGUUGAAAAUGAAUAUGGCAGCUAUUUUGCUUGCGAUUCAGAAUAUUUGAAGCAACUGAGGGAUAUCAUAAAAUCACAUGUUGGUGACUCUGCAGUUUUGUUCACAACUGAUGGCAGCGCUGCAAGUCUUUUAAAGUGUGGAAAAAUAGACGACGUCUACGCCACAGUAGAUUUUGGACCAGGCACCAAUGUGGAGUUAGCUUUCAACGAAAUGAUUAAAUUCGAGCCACGUGGACCUCUCAUCAACUCCGAAUUUUACCCUGGCUGGCUCGAUCAUUGGGGUGAAGCACACAGCACUGUUAAUACCGUGAACAUCAUUCAAACGUUGGAACAGAUGUUCAAAUACAAUGCUUCAGUGAAUUUCUACGUAUUUUACGGAGGAACGAAUUUUGGUUUCACUUCUGGCGCUAAUUACAACGACCAUUAUGCUCCUCAACCGACAUCUUACGAUUAUGACGCGCCACUCACCGAGGCUGGGGAUCCAACACCAAAAUACAUGGCUAUUAGGGCUGCUGUGAAUAGCUAUUUGCAACAAGUUCCAUCCAAAGAGGUUCCGGUUGCUUCGCGAAAAGGCUACUACGGAAGGAUGAACUUGAAAUUCUUGAGCUCUAUCUUUGAUUUGCUACCGACUGCACCGCAAGUGAAUAGCGAUUACCCGCUAUCGUUUGAAGAGCUAAACCAGGAUGAAGGAUUCGUCUUAUAUAAAACUGUGAUCACCAAGUGCCACAACGAUCCUGCACUUCUAGUAGCAAAAAAUAUUAGUGACCGAGGCUACGUUUUUGUCAACAAGGAACGAGCUGGAGUUCUAAGUAGAAUUAACUUCAUAGACUCUUUGCCCGUGAGUGCUAAAACAGGUGACGAGCUAGAAAUUCUGGUUGAAAAUCAAGGAAGAAUUAAUUACGGACCAAAAUUGAAAGAUUUCAAAGGUCUGCUGAACAACGUAACCAUUGACAACAAUGAAUUGAAAUACUGGAAAAUGAUUCAACUUCCAUUCGAACAUAAUGGGACGGAGCUGAGGGCAAUAAAUAAGAAAAUCAGCAGUCUUAAAGCUGAAACUCUAUUACCGAUUGAAAUGACAUACGAGAGUGUCAAAAGCGGUUUGGAGCCUACUGCAAGCACGCCUUCCAUUUUUUGGGCAGAAUUUAGGAUACCCAACAACCCCCACCCUCCUCUGGAUACCUUUCUCGACAUGAAGGGAUGGUCAAAAGGCAUUGCUUUCAUCAACGGAUUCAACUUGGGUCGCUACUGGCCCAGGGUUGGCCCGCAAAGGACUUUGUACCUGCCAGGAAGUCUUUUAAACGCCAAUUCUGUCAACAGACUUGUAAUCAUCGAGUUUGAUCGCGUCCCGAGAGGCUGCAUGAGCACCAAGCACAGGGACUGCGCGGUGGUGUUAAGCGACACAUCCGUUCUGGACGAUUCGUGUGUCAGUAAUGAAGUUUAAUAAUCAACGCUAAGCGCUAAGCUUAUAAAAGAG